GCGCACAUGCGGUUUGCUAUCAAUGCAACUUUUGACGUCGUCAAAGUUUUCGCCACCUGUUGAGUGUUGCUGCUGCUUUUGAAAAAAAUCAAACUUCCCAUUUUGCAGAUUUUUGCAGUUUUCUGAUAAAAUUGUUCUUUUUGUUUCUUUAAAAAUUUUUAAGAUGUAUUUUGGAGUUUGAAAGUUGAACUGUUCCAGUUUUUGAUUCUGUAAAUUGUGUGGAUGUUUCUUUCCGCAGAUCGCGUUAGCGAUUUUGUUUUUUCUCUUUGAAUUUUAUAUUUUUAUCCUACCAACUGUACCAAGGAAUGAUAAUAUUUAAUGUGGCGGAACGUUUGCAUUUACGAUUUGGACAUGAUAUCUCCGUGAAACUGGAUGUGUUGUUGAAAACUUUUUUGCUUUAUUCUAUGGGACCGCUGUUGACGAUUGGUUGAAGUCGGUCUUAUUUAAUAUCUGGAUGAAUUCUCUAAAAUGGCACGGACAUUUCGCACUAUGGACAAGAAUUCCCUGGGAGUUCGCGUUGUUACAAUGGAUGCAGAACUGGAAUUUACAGUUUCUAAAACUGCAACCGGAAAGGAUCUCUUCGAGCUGGUGUGCCGUGCCAUCGGUUUGCGCGAAACCUGGUAUUUUGGACUGCAGUAUUAUGAUGCACAAGGAUUUUUGACCUGGCUCAAGCCAAAGAAACCGCUCAUGAAGCAGAAGCUCCCACAAAACGGGCACUGGACCUUUCAUCUGAUGGUGCGCUUCUAUCCGGAGGACGUGUCGGAAGAGCUCAUCCAGGAUAUUACGCAGCAUUUAUUCUUCCUACAAGUGCGCAACGAUAUCCUGACGGGACAUAUUUCCUGUCCACCGGAAGAGGCCAUUCUGCUGGCCUCGUACGAUGUCCAGGCUAAGUGGGGUGACGCUGACGAAGUGACCAUGGAGCAGCAGAACGCGUUCGCCAUGGAGAACCUCAUUGCCCAACAUGUAUUCCAUUCGCAGUUGGUAUCGCGCGAAUUAUGGCAGAAUCGUAUCCGGCAGUGGCAGUCCGAGCACCGCGGUCUGUCCCGAACGGAAGCGGAACUAGAGUAUCUGAAAGUUGCUCAGAAUCUGGAGAUGUUCGGUGUCACCUAUUUUGAAAUUUCGAACAAGAAAGACUCCAAAGUAGACUUGGGUGUCACAGCAUUUGGUCUGAAUAUCUAUGAAAAACAUGACCGGCGCAAACCCCGGAUAAUGUUCCCCUGGUCGGAUAUUAAAAAUGUCUCGUAUGAAGACACGAAGUUUAUCAUACGACCGGUGAAGAAAGGCGAGCAUUUCUCAUUUUAUUCCCAUGAUCUGAAACUGAAUAAAAUUAUGCUGGACUUGUGUAUGGGCAACCAUGAACUCUAUCUACGUCGGCGACAACCCGAUUCCAUUGAAGUGCAGCAGAUGAAACUGCAGGCUAAAGAAGAGAAAACCCGACGCUAUAUUGAACGGCAGAAAUUUCUGCGGGAACGGCAGUUACGCGAGGAAUUACAAAGAGAAAAACUAGAACUGCAGCGACAAGUCUUGCAGAUGCAAGAAGAAAUCGGCAUGGCCAAUGAAGAAAUGCGUCGAUGCCAAGAAGAAUGCGAGGUUUUAGCCAAAAAAGCUUCCGUUUGCGAGGAAGAAGCUGCUUUGCUCAACCGGAAAGCCCUCGACGCCGAAAUCCAGAUUGAACAGCUGCAAAAAGCCGUUUCGCGUACGGAAGAAGAGAAGGUGGCCAUGGAAGGGAAAGUGCGUGAAGCGCAGCUGCUAACCGCGAAAAUGGUGGAGGAAGCCGAGCGGCGCGUGCACGAAGCGGAAAGCGUCCGGGCGGAGCUCAACAAGGCGCGCAUGAUGGAGAAAAUCGCCUGUAAUCGUCUGCUGGAAGUGUCACGCUCGCCGGUAUACUUUCGCCCUAUCGAACAACAUCCGGAAGUUCCGGAUUAUGAGCACGGACGGUUAGGCUCCACUAGUAAUAUUGAGCAGCUCUCCCACGAAAUUGAACGCGAAAAAAUGGAUUAUUUGGAGAAAAGCCGGCAUUUACAAACGCAGUUAAAUGAUCUGCGAAAUGAACUGGAAACAAUCAAAAAAGAAGAAAAUCUCAACGCGUUUUUACCGGUGAAUAUCAAUGGAAUGCGGAAAGAGAAAUUUGACACACUGCAAAAGGCCAGUUCGGGCACAACCAAAAACAGAAUACAGGCUUUCGAAAAGCUGUAAGGACCACCAGCCAGCCGUAGGAUCUCUAAUACGUUUUCGAAAUUUUGUGGAGAGGAUUUCUUGUUUGGAACAUUUUUUUCUGGCUUUAAUUAGAGAUUUUAUUUUGUAUAUAGUUAUAUUUAAUUACACAAGCUCUAUCUAGUUCCGUCGGGUUUUGGCAGUUUGUUUUUGGGAUGUUUGUUGAUUAAUUGAUUAUUCUCUGUCGCUGUAUAUCUGAUCAAUGCAAAUACCUAUUGUUGUGUUGUUUGUGGGUAUUGUAUUUGUGACUGUUGUCGUUUUACAUUUUUACUGUACAAAUGUUGAUGAUCUUCCUACUGUUGCUUGUGCCAGUAUUCGCUAAGUACGAAGUUUGUAUGCAAUUCGUUGGCGUGGUUUUUUUUAUUAAUAAAAACACUU